AUGGCUGGAGGUGGGAAACAAUCUGGUGGAGGGAAGCAAUCUUCCGGUCAACAGCAAAAUAUUAGAACUUCUACCACUACAUGUCAGAAAUCAAGCAAUAGAUCGGGAAAAGUCGGUAACGUUGUUCGGGCAACAUACGUUACGCAUAGAACAUCGGAAACCAAGAUGGAAGCGCAGGAUGGAGGAAAAGGCACAACGAAUGCGCCUCAAGUUGUGGUGGACAUCGGCACCUCAGUGGUUCAGAUGUUGAGUAAAGUUGCACUGUUGAAAUUUGGCAGCAGCGAAAAGAGGCGAAGUCUGUAUAUAUCUGGAAAUGAAUGCGAAUGUGCGUCACUUAGAAACCGAGGUAAUCAUUGGCAAUGGAAGGUGCUUAAGUUACCUGAGCAUUUACGAGGUAUUUCUACUCAGAAGCUGCUAGGUACGGCUCCGCAAGAGGAGCCUUUCUAUCCUACAAGCGAUAUUCCCCUGUUUAUAAGGGGACGCGUGUCUCUACUACCUGGACCGAAUGACAUACAGCUGUCUGUUGUGAACAAUGGGUGA